AUGAUUGGAAGAAUCGCAUUUGGUUUUUUCAAAGGUACACGCUUUCCUACUUGUGUUCCACUAGAUCUGGCACACUCAGCACACUCGACCUCUCUUCCAGGAUCUGAACUUGACAGCGACUGUAAAAAAUGGCGUCUUGUUGCGGAUAUCUUAAACGACUUGGCGUUCUUCAUCGACCUCCUUUCGCCAGCUUUUCCGGGUUCAUUUUUUGUCUGCGCCUGCACAUCAUCUAUACUCCGUUGUGUUGUUGGUGUAGCCGGAGGAGCUACGAGAACUGCCAUCAUUCAACAUCAGGCCCGUCGAAAUAAUCUGGCAGAUGUCGCUUCGAAGGACGGCAGCCAGGAGACUAUGGUAAACGUAACGGCACUUGUUGCGUCAUUUAUUCUACUACCUUUGGUUAGCGGAAAGCAUACGAUCAUUUGGUCACUAUUUCUGGUGUUCACUCUCAUACAUUUGUAUGCAAACUAUCGAGCUGUGCGCUCGUUAAACAUGGAAACCUUGAAUCUCAAGCGAGCCGCUCUACUCAUCAGGUCCUGGUUGGAAAACGGUAGAAUUCUAUCCGUUACUGAAUGUAACAGAAGCGAGCCGCUAUUUUCAUCGUUCGGAACGAGAUACCUUGGAUGUUCACUGUCGGACCUGCUGUAUUAUCAGAACAAAGUACCAUCUGCAAAACUGCGUACAACUGACGAAUACACAUUGCUUAUCGACACACGGAGAAACAUUGGUUGGGUGGCACUAGCUGAUAAUGGGUCCAUGC